AGUCUUCAAUUUUAAGAAACUCAUCUUCCGAAUCUUGGAACCCAAUUUCUACCACCCAAUUUAAGAACUACCCAAACCCUCUUUCGCAUUUAAAAACCCUUCCCUCAAAGAUCAAACUUUGAUUUUCUUCUUCUUCUCUUAAGUAGCAGUGAAGUAGCAGAGCAUCUUCUAGUAAGGAAGAAAAAAGAUGGCAAAGUGUUUUGGAGGUCUCGGAAGCAAACCCAAGAAGAAAUGUUCAUCUUCUUCCUCAUUCCGACCUCUUCUCUGCAACUGCAAUCUUGACGGCUCUGUGUUCUCACCACUUAAAGGACCAGCAAGAUCAAUUAGAGAUGCCCCACCUGCACACUAUGUCUUGAAGAUUCUUUCAUUUUCAGCACUUACAAAGGAAUAUAAUUCAUCGGUCUUUGAAGCCGGAGGCUACAAAUGGAAGUUGUGCAUCUAUCCAAAAGGGAACAAACAUGAAAAGGGAGAAAAUCAUAUUUCCAUAUACUUGGUCAUGGCAGAUUCCAAUUCAUUAGCUCUUGGUUGGGAGGUUAAGGCCAGCUUCCGGUUCUCCUUGUUUAACCAAAUCCAUUGCAAUUACUUGACAGCUAAAGUUCAUGGGAGACAUUUCAAUGAGAUCAAGAAAGAGUGGGGUUUUGCUCGAUUCAUUUCCCUUGGCAGUUUCAGAAAAUAUUCCAAUGGA